AUGUGUUACUUCUGGAUCGUAACACAAUUCGUAUGCGGGCACCAGACGACCCACGAGGACAGAUUAUACCAGUUCUGUCUAUUCGGCAGACAGACAAGUAUAUGCGAGCGGGAGCUCGGGCGCUUCCGGCUCAUAAACGUAGCAAGCGGCGAGUGGUGUCCGAAGUGCCAGGAGUCGUAUAGACGAUGGGAACAUAAAAAAUCCCGACUAGGGGGUAUGCAGUUGCCUUUUGCUACCCCGAAACCCACCGUUUUGGAACAAUCGAUGCAGAAUGAUGAGAAGAUAGAGUUGGAGAGCAGAGUUAUGGACCGCGAACCGAUGUUGCGACGGAAGAAUGAACUUGAUAAUAUCGUGUAUAUGAAUUUGCUGGAGAAGUUAAGAGACCAAGAUGUAUACAAUCCACGGAUGUACUUAUGGAUUCUACGAUACAUAUCUGGGUUACCGAAAUGGAUUGACCGCUUGAAAUUGGUAAACGAGAUGGAACCGUGGUUUGGGAGGAUGUUUCAAGAGGAUUGGCAUUGCAUGUUUCGGCCAGCUCUUAAGGUGUUGGAGUGUGAGUAUAUGUUAGAGGGUAUGAUGGUUUGGACGUUUAGUGAACCCGCCGUUUUGUGA